GUGACGCUGGAGGGUGGUACAGCAGACCUGCUGGUGUAGAUUUAAUGAAUGACAGUCUGUCGAGUUCAAAUUGUUCUCUUAACCAAACUGAGUAUAUUUAAACUUAAAGAAAAAAAAAUGAAUGAGACGUUACUUACAGUAUAUUUUGACUUCGAGCGGCGUUUCGAUGAAAAAGUCGCAUUUAAAUGGUUUGAGGAAAACUGGACCACGUCCUUUGUGCUGUGUGCUCUGUACGCCGCGGUUAUUUUCCUCGGCCGGUACCUGAUGAGAGACAGACAGAAGUUGGACCUGCGUGUUCCGCUGGUGCUCUGGUCCCUCAGCCUGGCUGUGUUCAGUAUAAUAGGAACAGUGCGUACAGGAUCCUACAUGCUGGAGCUUUUCAGCACCGGCGGAUUCAGAAAGACCGUGUGUGACACGAACUUCUACAGCGCCCCCAUCAGCAAGUUCUGGGCCUACGUCUUCGUCCUCAGCAAAGUGCCGGAGCUCGGAGACACAGUGUUCAUUGUUCUGCGUAAGCAGCGUCUGAUCUUCCUGCACUGGUACCACCACAUCACGGUGCUGCUGUACUCGUGGUACACCUACAGAGAGCGAGUUGCAGGAGGCUGCUGGUUCGUCACCAUGAACUACACCGUGCACUCGCUCAUGUACAGCUACUACGCGGCGAAAGCGGCCGGCCUGCACCUCCCUCGGCCCUGCGCCAUGAUCAUCACCGCCCUCCAGACUCUACAGAUGGCUCUGGGCCUGAUGGUGCUGGCGCUCGUGUACCGCUGGCAGAACGACACGAUGUGCAGAUCCACGGACAGCAACAUCACCUGGGGCUCGCUCAUGUACCUCAGCUAUCUGCUGCUCUUCACCUCCUUCUUCUACCAGUCCUACAUGAAAGGAGGGAAGAAGGUCACGGCUGGGGAGAGAAGAGUUAAAGCUGAAUAGUGUGUGUUGGAUGGGAGUGGGUGCUGUCUUUCUGUCUGUCUCUCUAACUAACUGUCUGUCUGUCCAGGGUUUAAAUUACGGGGUCUCUGGUGUGUAUGUGUGUCAGGAAACAUACAAAGUGUUCAGUUAAGCCAGAUUUAAACUGCUGCCACAGACAAAAAUCGCACCUUGUUAACAUAAUUCUUUGUUUGUGAGUUGAGAUCGGUGGUCACGUGAAGUGAUAUUCUCACCGGGCGUUUUAGCGUCACUGAAACCAAAGUGUAAGAAAUCUUUUUUUAUGAAAAUCCCAGAGUGUGAGCGCUGCUACGACGCUCGUCGAAAAUCCAACAAAUAGGAGCACGGCACAGGAUGACGCAAAACACACACCACAUCUACAAACACGUAGUAAUACAUAGUAAUCGUAAACUAAACACACUAGUGGACAGAAAAAUUUGCCUUAUUUCCUAUGAAAAAUGUGUGUUUACGCUGAAUUCCUGAUCUCACUGACUGACGACGUAAACUACGCAGAACGUAGUAAUUUUCCUUCAUCACAGGUCUAUCGUUAGAGGAUCUUUAUCGUUUAAUCUGACAUGGAGAACACACACAGUUUUCGCACAGUCUUUUAUUGAAUUUGUCUGAAGGUCACGUCUCCUUUUUUAAAUAAAUUAGAUUUAAUCAUUAGAGAAUGAAACAUUUGAGAAUAUCCAUAUUUUAGCUCGCUGACAACAGCAGUGACAUCAUCACUGGCCUUCCAAAGGAUAAUUAGCCCUCAACUGAAAAUGUAAUAAAGCUUGAAUAAGCUUCUCUACUUUAAUUAACAAUCUAAAAUCUUGCAUCAUCUAAAAAGAUGUAAAUUUAUUCUCUGCCACAUGAGUAUGUAUGAGUUUCUAUUGGACUUUCUGUGUUUACGUUUAUUGAUUUGACGCUUAGAAACACUGCGAACCAGCAAAAUUCUAAUUAGUAAUCUACGAUUGCUUAUAAAAAUGACUAUAAAAGUGAUUCUGUAUAAAAUGCUUGAACUUAGUAAGAGGUGUAGUGUACUGUAGUGUGUCCUUUCAGUCAGACACUGCCCCCUGGUGGUGGAACUCAAACACUGCGUCUGUCUUCUCCAUGUCUAUCCGAUUCUAUCUCAUUUAUUUUUAAUGUUAACUCACUGUGGUCAGUAAAGACAAACGUCUGACUCUCACAUCAGUCGAGAUAUAUUAUUAUAAAGCUCUGAUAUAGUAUUUAAGCCAGUGUUUCCCACACAGUGUCCUGUACGUGUGGAUUCAACACCAGCGGUUUAUUGCUACUGGACUGUACUGCAGCACAAAUCAGCUCCAGAGAAGCGCACUGUCCAACUCGAGGCCUGAAAUUAACUCUUUAACUCUUACACUGUAGAUAGAAAAACAAGAUUUAACCCAUUUUAUCACCAACACGUCCAAUAACCAACAAUAACCGAAAAUAGAAUUUUAUUUAUCAGCCUGCACUCAUUUAUAUAUUCUCAGUGUAUUUCUAUGACUGUCCGUCCAUCUAUUCAUCCAUCCAUCCACCCUUGAAUCCAACAGUAUAAACAUCCAUCCAUUCAUCCAUCUAUUCAUCCUUCCACAAAUCUAACAGUGUAAACAUCCAUCCAUCCAUCCAUCCAUCUAUUCAUCCUUCCACAAAUCUAACAGGAUAAACAUCCAUCCAUCUAUUCAUCCUUCCACAAAUCUAACAGUGUAAACAUCCAUCCAUCUAUCCAUCCAUCUAUUCAUCCUUCCACAAAUCUAACAGUGUAAACAUCCAUCCAUCCAUUCAUCCAUCUAUUCAUCCUUCCACAAAUCUAACAGUGUAAACAUCCAUCCAUCCAUCCAUCCAUCCAUCCAUCUAUUCAUCCUUCCACAAAUCUAACAGUAUACCCAUCCAUCCAUCCGUCCAUCCAUGAAUCCAACAGUAUACACAUCCAUCCAUCCAUCCAUCCAUCCAUUAAUCUAACAGUAUACCCAUCCAACCAUCCAUCCACUUUUCCAUCCAUCCAUCCAUCCAUCUUUCGAUCCAUGAAUCCAACAGUAUACCCAUCCUUCUGUCCAUCCAUCCAACAGCAUCCAUCCAUCCUUCCAUCUGUCUGUCCCCCCAACCAUCUGCCUAUCCAUGUGUCUGUCAAUCCAUCCAUCCAUCCAUCUCUCCAUCCAUCCGUCAGUAUAUAGGGGAAAUUAUUUAUAAUCGCACUAUCCGGUGUCAUCCAGAUGAUAAUGGAUUCCCUGUUGAGUCUGUCUCCUCUCAAGGUUUCUUCCUCAUAUCAUCUCAGGGAGUUUUUCUUCACCACCGUCACCUCUGGCUCGCUCAUUAGGGAUAAACAUAUAAAUUUAACAUUUAUAUCCUGAAUUUAUAUAUCUCUGUAAAGCUACUUUGUGACACUAUCCAUUGUUAGAAGCGCUAUACAAAUAACACACGCUAUAUGUGUGUGUGUGUGUGUGUGUGUGUGUGUGUGUGUGUGUGUGUGUGCGCGCGCAUGCAUUUUAAUGUAAAUGUAAUCUGACAAAUGUGUCGAUUAAUGUAAAUUCUGAAUGGCUGUCUAAAGAUGCCUAAAACAGCAUUUAUACCUUUUUUAUGGUUUACAUUUAAGAAUAAACACUGCACUACCUUUAUAAAUCCA